AUGAAAAAUAAAGAAUAAGUCUUAAAAUAAGUCUAUGAAAAUGAAAAUAAAGUAUUUGGAAAAAAAAAUAAACCAAGAAACUAAGAACCUAAUAUGUUUGAUAUGAUGAAAUGGCCAGUCGAGUAAGAUGAACCAUGGGAUUUCAAAAAGAAAAUAUAAGUUGAAAGAGAACCUGAAACUAAAAAGUUAAUAACUAGAAUAAAUCACGAGAAUUAACCUUGGUUAACUGAAAAUAAAGAUAAUUUUAGAAAAAUUGAAAAAUUAAAAGUAGAAGAUUCAUAAAUCCUUGUAUAAAAAUUAGAUGAAAAAACAAUUAAAAAUAUUGCGAAAUCUUGUGAUUGCCGUAAUCCUUAAUAAUAACCUAAUCCAUCCAUUCAAUUAUAAGAAGAUCAAAACAACCAAUAUAAAUUACCUGUUUAAUGGAACCCUAAACUAUAAACUGCCUAUAGGGAUAACUAUCUAAUCAAAGAUAUCAAGGAUACAAACGAAUUAAUGUAUUAGUUAGAAUAAAAUAAUAAAAAUUUUAAAGGCGAAUAUAAAGUUUAGCAUCCAUUUAGUGGAUUCUAUUAUGAAGAAUCUAAAAAAGAGGAAGAAGAUAUCAUCUCAUCUGAAGAAGACGAUUUAGAAAAUGAAUAAGAAGAUGAUCAAUAAAAAAAGAUGAAUACUAAAUUCAUUAAGAAAGCUAAGACUCUUGAUCCUAAUGAUCCUGAAGAUGCAGCAAAAUUAUAAAGGAGAAAAGAUAGAAUUAAGAAAUUUCAAGGAGAAACCAGAUGGAUAGCUGACAGUGCAUUUACUACUUAUUUUGGUAAGCCAGCUUGGGGUCCUUAUGGAUUCAAUAAUAUCAAUCCAUCAGUUGGAGGUAUAGUAUAUGGUUAACACAUGCUUUCUCAUAAUGUCUAACCACACAGGAAUAAAAAUGAUCCCUUUUAUAUCUAAAGUUAUUAGAAUGCAUUAAGAAAAGGAGCCGCGGUAGCAAAUGUAGAACCUGAACCUCCUAGAAAUUGCAGAGAAGAAGAUAGAUUAAAUCCUGAAUAAGUGGAGGCUUAAAAACAAAGAAAUCAAUUGACUCCUUAACCUUAUUCAGAAUUGAAAAAGCAAUUGGAAUCAAAAGGCAAAUCAACCAUUCCUGAAUUUAAUAUUAAAAAGCCUGACUUAACAAAUACGUUACGAUUUGCAUCAGAAGCAGGCAGUGUUUAAGGGGAAUCCCAGGUGCAAGACAAGCCAGUGAAAUAAUAGAGAAAAUAAAAAGGAGACAAAAGACCUUAGUCUGUUAUUGAUAAUCGUACAUAGAAAUCUUAAAAGGAUAAAGAUGAUAAUAAAUCGAAGAUUAGUAAUGAUUAGAAAACAAAGGAAUCCAAAAAGAAAUAAGACAAAAAAGUUUAAAUAUAAUCAGAAUCUAAGUUAUAAGUAGAUGAUUAAUUAGCCAUUCCAGAUAAGGCAAAUAAUAAAUUUAUUGAGGAAUUGAAACAGAAAAAGGAGAAAGCCAACAGACUUACAUGUAAGGUCAAUGAAAUUAAUCCUUCUCUAUUGAAAUCAUCACCAAAAUAAGAGUAAAAAAAAUAAAUAACAAAUGAUUUGCAAGAAGUUAAAUCCUUUGAUGAUAAAAAUCCACCAGCCAACUAUUUGUAAUAAAUGGAUCCUAUUGAACUCAAUCCAAAGAAUUAUAAAGGUGUACCUGCAGAUUGGUUACAUAGGAUACCAUUUGCAGGUAAAAAGUAGGAAAUUAUAAAAAAUGGAUAAUAAACUAGAGACUGUUUUGACUACGGAUUUUGA